AUGAACAAAGGAGAGAAACGAAAGUACCAGGAAACUGGCUUGGAGAUGAUGGAUAACGCCACUGUUCCCAAAAACCUUAUGAUUGCCAGGUUUGCAGAAUCGCGUGCACGGGAAAUCAGUGCAUUGAAUGAACAUGUACAAAUGAAAACAGUUAACAAAUUGGUACUUGAGACUCUUCCUAAACACAUGCACCGUAGAGCAAUGAGCCAUGACAUAAGACGAUGGCCAAGGCGGCUUAGGGAGAUGGUUAAAAAACAGUAUGAGAAUCGACCUGAUAAACGUGCACGCAAACCUCCAUCCAGGAAGCAUCGCAGACGUCCACGCAACUUGUUGGCUGAAUACAAUCGUCGCAAAAAGAAAAAUAUUUGGCUCGAGACACACAUCUGGCAUGCCAAACGCUUCCACAUGGUUAAGAAAUGGGGCUACCACUUGGCUUCCACUCCAAAUACGAAAUGCAGCCGAGUGACUUACAAAUCAACUGUGAAUUAUUGUUUAAUGCAGGACAUUUCUUUUAUGUGCUGCAUUGAGAUUUCUGGACCGGAGGCUGAUAUACAAAGUGGUUUCUCACAUUUAACAAAUCCAGCAACUGGUCCUGGAAUUUGUGCAAAAUCCUGUUUAAAAGGUAACAGGGAAGGGAGCACCAUUGUUUAUAUGUAUGAUGAAUUUCCAAACGGAGCCAUUGGGCCAGUUACAUUCUUUUGGAAACCACUGUACUGUGUGAGUGGAGAGAGUCACUCGUUAUCGGGAGGUACAGAUGCUGAAACUUCUAGCUACCGUAACCGUUGUCUUUGGCUUUGGUGCCAUCCAUCCUGCUACUUACAAUUAUGGAAUCAGCUUACUAAAGUCUUUCAUAAUGUCAUUCCUUGCCAUCUCGAUGCAACCAGCAAUGGUCAGGUAACCACUGGCCAAGCUACGGGUAGUGCCACUGCUGAAAAAACUUUUUCUAAAGAAGAAUCUAAUAUUAUCAACACAGACCAUUCCUCAAGCUUCCAAACAAAGAAGCUUUCUAGCAUUCCAAAUGGUGCAGGAAACCAAUCUCUUGAAAGCAGAGUUUCAGUAAAAUCGCUUAAGGAUGACUUGGUCCGUUUUCGUCUGAUUGGUCCGUUGUCUAUCAAAGUUUUGACCAAUGCUGUGGAAGUGGCAUCUGUUAGGUGGGAAAAAUCAAAAACUAAUCCAAAAGCUGGAUCUGAAGAAUCUCGGAAGUCUGAGGAUGUUCCUUGGUGGGCACAAUUUUAUCAUUCUGAAGAAUGCCAAUCCAAACAUGUCGAUUCACAAAUUCUGUGGAAGAAUUUGGCUUUGGUUAAGAAUCCUGCUGAGUUGCCUUCUCAUUGUGUAUUGGGCAUGACUGUGACUGAUCCUCGGAAAAGGCUGCCAAAGAAGAAAACUUAUGCCAAGCCAAGUCCUGUAGAUGCCAGAGGAAACUGCUUGGAUAUAACUGAUCAUCCAUUGUCACCAUUGUGGGAAGAAGAUAUUCGUAAAGAAGUAAAAAGAACAAAGAUAUCAGAGCAAGAGUUCAACAAAAUUCGUUUUGAAAACUUGAUACCAGGAUAUCCCAUAAACCUUGGAAGAGCAGCUUCAAGAAUCCCAAUCAUUCUGAUUCAAAAACCUGGUUGCCGAAUGCCCAUCUCAUCAAAAUGUGAAGAACACAUAGGAUUUGGCAGUGGUGUUGAUGUCAUCCUUCCAACCGGUUGGGGAAUGGCCUUCUGGGUAGCUUUUGUGUAUCAAGGUGCUCGUGUUGGGGGCCUUGUCGAAGCCCAGCAUGUCUUGCAAGACUCUGGAUGCCUUAGUUUCCCUGAGGACUUCCCAGAUACAGAAGCCGGUUCCAAAGAAAUGCUUUCUAUUCGUGAUGAACAUGUCCAAAAGUUUACAGCUUUUAUCAGCAGAGAACAACUUAACUGUCUUGGUCCGCUCAACGCAAUCACAGCAAUAUCGGUUUGCGAAAAUUUCUGUGGUUUUUUGAAAAUGUCUUUCACCACAAGGGAUCGCAUAUUGAAGAACAUACACAGGCAUAAAAUAUGUUGUCACCUUGAUUGCUAUCCUUGCUUUUUCUUUUCUUUUUUUUUCUUUCUUUUCUUUUUUCUUUCUUUUUUCUUUUUCUUUCUUCUUUCUUUCUUCUUUCUUUCUUCUUUCUUUCUUCUUUCUUUCUUUUUCUUCUUUCUUUCUUUUUCUUCUUUCUUUUUCUUCUUUCUUCUUUCUUUCUUUCUUCUUUCUUCUUUCUUUUUUUCUUUUUUCUUUUUUUUUUUUUUCUUUUUUUUUUUUUUUUUCUUUUUUUUUUUUUUUUUUUUUUUUUUUUUUUUUUUUCUUUUUUUUCUUUUUUUUUCUUUCUUUUUCUUUCUUUUUUUUUCUUUCUUUUUUCUUUUCUUUCUUUUUUUCUUUCUUUCUUUUUUUUCUUUCUUUCUUUUUCUUUCUUUCUUUCUUUCUUUCUUUCUUUUUUCUUUUUUUUUUCUUUCUUUUCUUUUCUUUCUUUUUCUUUUUUCUUUUUUUCUUUCUUUUCUUUCUUUUUUCUUUCUUUCUUUUUCUUUCUUUCUUUUUCUUUUUUUUUUUUUCUUUUUUCUUUUUUUUCUUUUUUUUUUUUUUUUUUUUUUUUUCUUUCUUUCUUCUUUUUUUCUUAUACAAUGA